AACGAGGGCGGCGGCGGCGUGAAGAGCACCUGCUGAAAGCUGGCCUGAGCCCUCAAUAGACGUUCCAGUAUGUUUCCCUCGUCUCUAUUCGAAAUCGGCAACCAUGCUCUGCUCGAUCCAUAUCCUCACUUCUCUGCUGGCCAUUCGAGCCGUCGAAGGGAGCGUGCUCGCAGAGCGACAUACCGCCGUACCAAUCAAUUUGCAAUUCUCUGUCCCGGGCUCUAUCUUCUCGGCUCUCAGCAAUGGAAAUUUCUUGAGCAAUUACCUCCGGAAGGAGACCCAGUCUGGAUCGAAUCGCGGCCAGAGCUACAACAAUUUGGACAUCAAACAACUUGCCCAAGGUCUCUUCGUCAUUGAUCGAUUCUUGAGUGAAGGUCCCGACGCCGCGGCUCGUCUAGGCGCGACGUUCUCAGGCGGCCCCGGAGAGGGCAAGGUCCCAAGCACGAGUCCAGUGAACAACAACCCUGAUGAUGAAUCAAUUUACUCCGAACACACGGCGGCAGGAGCUGCUGGGCCUAACGGUGCUGAUGAUUCAAGUCUUUCUGCGGGAGGCUUUGCCAAUGGUCUUGCUGCAUUUGCCGCCGGCGUCCUCUACGGACCCCGCUUCCGCAGAGGAGCUGCCUGCAACAAUCUCGGACCGGGCAGAACUGAUCCUGAUCCUAGACGACAAGCCGCUGCAGAAGUGUUUGGCUCCAUUUUGGCGCCCGGUUUCGGCGGGAGUACAACUGCUGACUGUGAUGCCAAUUAUCAAGAAUUUGUCAAACCCACUACUGGACCUGUGGUUGUCGUGACUGCUCAGGUAUCGGGGGUGAAGAUGGCUCGUACAGUAUCACAGGCCACGAGUACUUUCUCGACCACAUUGGUCUGGCCGAUCAACAACCCAUCUGCCAACAAAACCUUUGGUUACGACGGCUGUUCGACCUGCAUGGCGGGUGUGAGCUCUCGGAAUAGACGCGUGCCGUUUUAUGAGGGAAGGAGCACGAGCCGGGUGCAGGGAGCACCGGACUAUUUGCCGGAAGGAGGUGUCAAGGCGGUGGUCAGUUGCAAUGGGAUAUCCGCGCCACAGCAGAAGUCCAAGGUGGUAUACACUAUCAAGAUCAAGGGGACGUUCACCCGUGCCAAAGGGUUCGUGGGUGCUUUGACUGUCAAGAAGACGUCGAGUGUGGCGGCGAGUUGUAAAUGAUAGUGAUUCGUCGGUCCGCCAUCUUGGAGCAGCC